AUGAAUCAAGCCUUCACAACCACUUCACUUCUUCCGAGGACCUUUGGCCUUGUGACUGGUGAGACUCAGGCUGUGUCCCUUCGAGGUCAGAUGAUUCCCACAGCCAUGAACACAGGAAGCUCCUUUGCAAAAAAACCCAUGGAGGGUAAAGUCAAAUCAGAAGAGAAAUGCAAGGCCUUCGUGGAUAUUUGCAAAUACUUCUCCGAGGAACAGUGGGCAAAGCUGGGAAACUCAGAGAAAAUCACCCAUGUGUACAUGAAGAGAAACUAUGACACCAUGACUCAGCUAGGUCUCAGGGCCCACCUCCCAGAUUUUAUGUGUCCUAAGAAUCAGACCACAAAAUCUCCUGAGCAUGAUUCUGAUGAAGAUCAGAACCCCGGGAAUCAGGUCAGUCGCUCUGAGCUAGAGGAUGUGGGCAACAGACCAAGUGGAAGAAGGCUCAUGGACCCUUGUGAAGGAGGAGACAUCUUCUUAUCUGAAAACUUUAUUAACCAACACAUCUUUAUCACAGGAUUGGGGAAAGGGAAGACUAAUGUAUGGCUCCACAGGCUGAGGGAAAGAAGGGACCCUGUUGUGUAUGAAGAGAUCAGUGACCCCGAGGAAGAUGACUGUGUAAGUGAGCUUUCAUACCAGGCCCCACCUGUGCAAAACUGUUCUUAUGGGACUGGUAUGCCAUCUGUCAUUCCUUCCCCUAAAAUCGUUCCUUUGCCAAAACCCUUGGAGUGCAGCACUGAGACAAAAUAAGGCUUCCCAUGUUCUUUCUAUUCAUUGUUUUGUAAA